CUUAAUUGAAAGAUAUAUCCACAGACCAACAGCAUUAUACAUCUUCUUUAUAAGUUGGACAGGUCUCUACUGAAGGAGCCAUAAAACUAAGAGUUUUCUUGUUCAAUCAUUGCCUUCUGCAAAUCAAAAGAAACAUGAGAUCCAUUUCAAAAGAUAGUAUGUAUGCAGUUGUUACAGGUGCAAACAAAGGAAUCGGGCUUGAGAUUGUUCAACAGUUGGCCGUCAAAGGUGUGACCGUCGUGUUAACAGCUAGAGACGAGAAGAGAGGGUCAGAUGCGGUUUCGUUGCUUGUCCAAUCCGGGCUGGAGAACGUAGUUUUUCACCAGCUUGAUGUUCGAGAUCAGUCUAGUGUUGACUCCUUGGCUGUGUUUGUCCAAUCCCUAUUCGGGAGACUUGAUAUCUUGGUAAACAAUGCUGGAGCAUCAGGAGUUGUAGUUGAUGAGGAAGGAUUAAGGGCCUUAAACAUUGAUCCAGUAUCUUGGCUCUCUGGUAAGGCUACCGACAUGGUGCAAGGAGUGAUUCAACAACCAUAUGAAAAGGGUGUGGAAUGCCUUGACACAAACUAUUAUGGUUGCAAAAGGGUUACAGAAGCUCUUUUGCCUCUUCUAAAGCUUUCUAAAUCCGGUGCAAGAAUAGUAAGUGUGUCUUCGCUUAGAUCAGAACUUAAGAGGAUCCCGAAUGAACAUAUUCGAAGUGAACUGGGCGAUGUACACAAUCUAACAGAAGAGAAAGUGGAUAAAAUAGUCGAAAAAUUCCUGCAUGAUUUGAAACAAGGGAUGCUUGAAGAAAUGGGAUGGUCUCUCAUGCUGCCAUCAUAUAGCAUCUCCAAGGUCGCUCUUAAUGCAUAUACUAGAGUUCUUGCAAAGAGGUAUCCUAAUAUGUUCAUCAACUGUGUUCAUCCUGGUUAUGUCAAUACCGAUAUAAACUGGCAUACUGGAACCAUGACAGUUGAGGAUGGAGCUAAAGGUCCAGUCAUGCUGGCUUUGCUAUCGAAUGGCGAAUUCUCAGGAUGCUAUUUUGAUCAGACUGAGAAGUCGGAGUUUUAGAUCAUCCAUUUCAACAUAGUUUUACUCCAUUGUGUUAUUUUCUCCCCUGCAAUGCUUUCUAGUUCUAUCUCUGAGCAAUGUACACUGCUUGUUAAAACAUACAAAUCCAUUCGAAUACUAGUAAUAUGGGUGGAUGAGAAAAAAUUAAAAUUGUGUAGCAAUGUACACUGCUUGUUUAAACAUAAUUGUGUUGUUUUA